AAAUGCGUAUUUAGUGCCCUGAAGUUAGAAAACUUUCGGAAUGUGUUUUGAAGGAGUCUAGCAAACUUUUCGGAUGUGCAGACAGAGCUCGUGUGGCUCCAGGCUGCGGUCCUCCUCUGGUUCGAGUCUAAAUAAAGCGGCGGCUCUCCCCCAGUGGAAACGGCGCGGAGCGGCAGGAAUGCACAGCGGACAGCAGCAGCGUCUCCGUCAGACGUGACGUCGCUGGUUCCCCGCUGAAAAACUCCACUCGGUCAAAGUUUUCCAGGAGGAGAGAGAGGGGGGGCCCAAAACACCGCCGCGGUUCGACCGGAAGUCCCGGAAUGUUCGGGCGCGCGCCCCGCGGCUCCUCACUCCGUUAUCGAAAUGUUGGACCGCCGCGGCCCCGCGGCGCUCGCGGCGCUUUUCUGUGCGGCCGUGCUCCUGGCGGAGAGCGGCCGGAGUGUCAGCGGGGAGGACGAGGAGGUGCUGGAGGAGAAGCAGCUCGCGGAGUUUAACAGAAAGGGCCUGUUUAUCCUGGAGAGCAUCGUGCUGAAGCGCUGCAUCAAGGUGGAUCAUUCCAGCCUGGUGCUGGAAGACUGUCAGCGUCCCACACGCCGCAUGCUGUGGAAGUGGGUGUCCUCUCAUCGCCUCUUCAACCUGGGCACCGGCACGUGCCUGGGCCUCAACAUCCUGAACACCACGCAGCCUCUUGGCAUGUUUGAGUGCGACAAGGCCUACACCAUGAUGUGGUGGCGCUGCCGUGGCAACACGCUGUACGGGGCGUUCCAGUGGAAGGUGACCGUGGCUGGACGGUUGGUGGUGGUGAAGAAAAGCGAUUAUUAUGAGUGGAAGAGGCACAGAACUCCCAGAGAAGGCCCCUGCUCAUAUCCAUACGAAGAUAUACACACUUUGUUGGGAAACUCCAAUGGAAUGCCCUGCGUUUUCCCCUUCAACUACAACAACAAAUGGUACGCUGAGUGUACCACUGAGGGCCGGGAGGACCACCUUCACUGGUGCUCCACCACUCCUCGCUAUGACCGGGACGAAAGAUGGGGCUUCUGUCCGGUGAAAGAUUCCAGUUGUGAGCGCUUCUGGGAAUCGAACCAGGAGCUGCAGGCCUGUUACCAGUUCAACCUCUACACAAUCCUUACCUGGAGUCAGGCACUCUCAACUUGUCAGGCUCAAGGUGGAAAUCUGCUGAGCAUCACCAGCCUGGAAGAGCAAAGGUACAUCAGAGAUCGGCUUUCUAGUGUUGGGACAAUGGUGUGGAUCGGGCUGAACCACCUCACGGAGGGACACGGGUGGCAGUGGUCUGAUGGAGCGCCUCUGUCGCUGGUGAAUUUCAUCCCAGCUCUGCCUGCCAGCCCUCUGCAGGUCAACAGAGAGUGUGGAUUCUACAACUCAGCCUAUGACAAAAACUGGCAGAGUCUGUCUUGUGAGUCUGCUCUGCCUUACAUCUGCAAGAAGACGCCCAACGACACCCGCAGGGCUGAGCCUCUAGAGAACUGGCAGUACAUCCGUACCAAGUGCGAUGACGGCUGGUGGCCUCACAACGGUUUCUGUUAUCGCGUGCUGCCAGAGAGUGAGGCUGGAAGCUGGCAGAAAUCCUCUGGAGCCUGCAGCUCUCAGGGGGCAAACCUCACCAGCAUCCACUCUCUGUCAGAGCUGGAGAUGCUGCUCCGCAUCCUCGCUAAUGUUUCUGGAGAGAAUCUGGAGGUUUGGAUUGGACUCAGGAGACCCUCAUCGUCUCCAGCUGUAGAGUGGUCAGAUGGGUCACCUGUAACGCUCACUCUCUGGCAGCAGUUUCAGCCUGUUCACAACCUGACAGAGACGCCACUCUGUGCUAAACUGGAGGGAAAGAAAGGAAACUGGCUUCUGGUGUCUUGCGCUGAGCAGCUGCCCGCCAUGUGCAGAAAAGAAAGCAGGAUUCCUGUUCAGCACUCAGAAACCUGGGAUGAAGGAUGUCCUGUGGGAUGGAAGCGACACGGCCAUUCCUGCUACACCGUGACGAGUCACGAGCAGAGUUAUGAAGAUGCCUUGAUGGGAUACUACUGCAAAGCUCCUCUCCUCACUGUGGAAAACAGGUUUGAACAGACUUUUGUCAACAGUUUGCUGAGUGCGAGUGGAGCCAACUGUAGCAGAGAUUACUGGAUCGGCCUCACGGACCGGGACAACAAGGGAGAGUACAGCUGGCUUCCUCUGAACGGCUCGUCUCCACCUUUGACCUUCACCAACUGGAACAAACACCAGCCUGUCAGCGGUGGGGGCUGUGUUGCUAUGUCAGGUGGACCUGCUCUGGGUCACUGGGAGGUGAAGGAUUGCAAGUCGCACAAGGCGCUGUCGGUGUGUGAGCAGAGCGUGAGCAGCUACCACGAUGUUCAGCUGCCAGAGCACCACAUUGACGCCUACGCCCCCUGUCCUCCGGGAUGGGAGUCACAGUCCGGGCUGCUGCACUGUUUUAAGAUAUUCCACGAUGAGAAAGUCCUCAUGAAGCGCUCCUGGGUGGAGGCAGACUUCUUCUGCCAGGCUCUUGGAGCUCAGCUGGCCAGUUUCCAUCACCACGAGGAGCAGGACUUUGUUAACAAACUUCUCAGUACAAUGUUUGAGGGAACAGAGGGCCGUUGGUUCUGGCUGGGCUUUAAUAAAAGAAACCCAGAGCAUCCUGGAGUGUGGGAAUGGUCUGAUGGUUCCCCAGUAGCCACGUCUUUUAUUGAGGAUAAAAAUGAGGAGGACGACCGCAAGGACUGUGCUGUGUACAGUGAUUUGACCAGCGCUGUCACGCCGCAGCCCUGCGACGCCAAACACGAGUGGAUAUGCAAGCUGUCUCGAGGUGAUCAGCUAAGAAAGCCGUAUUGGUACACCGAGCAGAGUGAACCCUGGGUAUUUUUCCGCGGCGCUGAGUACCUGUUGGUGAAGCAGCCCUUCGACUGGCACUCGGUUUCCCUGGCCUGUCAGAUGAUGGGCGCCUACCUUCUGUCCAUACACUCCAGGGAGGAGCUGCAGUUCAUCAAAGAGCGUCUGCGACGGUUCUCUUUGGGGCCGACCGAUUGGUGGAUUGGGAUGUCCGUUGGUCCACCUGGAGAGGAGGCCAGAUGGAGUGAUAGCACAGAGAUAGAGUUUCAGAACUGGGUGGACAGGACUUCUCAUGGUGGCCCUAAAAAAACCAGGAUGUGUGCCACCAUCUCAUCGUUAUCAGGAAAGUGGUCGUUGAAUAAAUGCAGUGAACUCCAUGGCUAUGUGUGCAAGAGGAGGACGGUGUCGGUGGUGGAGACCCCCAGAGAGCCACACUACAUUGGAGGAUGUCCUGAGAAAUGGCUGUACUUUGGACACAAGUGCCUCUUACUUCACCUCCCUGACAAUCCAAAGCAGGGAAAGAGCUGGAGGGAUGCUCAGUCAAUCUGCUCCUCGUUUGACGGCUCGCUGGUUGCCAUCGAAGAUGAGAUUGAACAAGCCUACAUAACCAUGCUGCUUCAGGGAAGUUUUGUUGGCGUUUGGAUCGGCCUGCGGGAUGAGGACACCAUGAAAUGGACCAAUGGAAGACCUGUUGUCUACACCAACUGGUCUCCGGUUGAACCGAGGAGUUACCCCAUUGAUGAAGAGUGGCUGAGUGGUGUCACUGAUGAACCCCUUUGCACCGUUUUGUCCAAUAAUCAUAACUUCCACCUCACUGGGAAAUGGUACGACGAGAAGUGCAGUGAGAGCGGGUACGGCUUUGUUUGUCAGAAACCUCAAGAUAUAUCCAAACCUCCCACCCACUCCUAUCACCAUCCUCUCCCUGAAAAUAUUGAGUACCGGAGCCGCAGCUACAAGGCGCUGUCUGGUAACAUGAGCUGGGAGGAGGCGCUGACUAAGUGCCAAGAGAAGGGCUCUGACCUAGUGAGCAUCACAGACGCCUACCACCAGGCCUUCCUCACUGUCCUCGUCAAUAGACUGGCCGUCCCGCACUGGAUUGGACUGUACAGUGAAGACAGUGGGAUCAAUUACCGGUGGUCAGACGGCGGUGAAACGGUGUACACGCACUGGGACACGGCUGACGACGAGGACGACUUUGUGUCGGAGGUGUGCGUGUACAUUGAUGUGAACGGAGGCUGGAGGACAGCUGACUGCAGAACUCUGCUACCAGGAGCUCUGUGUCACGUUCCCCCGACACCACCGAGCAGUGAGCCGUACAUCUCCAAUAAAAUUGCGUGUCCUUCCUCCUGGGUGAACUUUGAACGGUGGUGCUAUAACUUUGAUCAUGUUAUAGAGAAACACACUUUUGAAGAAUCCAGCCAGAACUGCAAGCAUUUAGGUGUCUCCUCCAACCUUCUUACCAUUACAAGUAAGGCAGAGAAUCGCUUCAUUUUGGAGCAGCUGUGGUCCUCAGGGUUCAUUCACCAGUCCAUUUGGUUGGGGAUGUACUUCAACAUCGACACUAACUCUAUGGAAUGGGUGGAUUCCCUAAAAUCCGACUAUACCAACUGGGCCAGCAAAGGCCCGGAUGCAAAACGGAUGACCGCCGAUACCUGUGUUACUACCAAGGUGGUUGACGGUGUGUGGCACAUAUCCACGUGCACAGAGCGACUUGGCUUCAUUUGCAAAUCCACAGCAGAUUUAAUAACAGAGGUGAAAGGGGAACGGCUAAAAGAUUUGCAUCACGGCGUUAUCCCUGCUGCGGUGCUGGCAGCUGUACUCAUCUUUGCCCUGCUGGUCGCCUCAAUGUGGUUUUUGUACAAGAGGAACUAUCUGUGUUUUCAUGGGAUCCACACAAACUCUGCACGCUUUCACAGCCUCCCUGCACUCAGAAGUGCUUAUUACAGACAAACCAGCUCUCAAGCAACGGAGUCGGACGGAAAUGUGCUGAUUACAGACCUGGAGACUCACUCGGGAGAAUAGCGUCCGCACUGAGUUUGUUCACCUGCAAUGUAAAGUGUCCAACAGUGAGGGUCCUGAUGGAAAUUGAGAUGCUUUUACAGAUUCUGCCUUUUCUCUUUGAGUCAGGACAUUUAAAUGAAACCAAAGCAAAUUUUACAUGUUGAAGUCUAGAGGUCAUUGAGGUUUCAUUUAGAAAUGUUAUAUAAAUGGGGAUGUUGAAGAAAGGAUUAGAACUUUUUAUACUUUUUUUGGCUCAUAGGUUUGAUCUAUUCAGAUGAUCAGUUGUUAUCUGCAGGUGUUUUUUUGGUAUAAACAUGGUACGACAUUAAAAGUCAACAGAAUUUAGGUUUUGUGGUCAGGAUUAAAGUUGGUCGCCAUACUCAUAAACAAACAAAAAAAAAAGGAAAUUCUUGAACUUUUAAAAAAGCUGCUGUAUCUGCAAGCGGUACAGCAAUUGUGCUGUCAGCAUAUAUUCAGUUUUCUUAAUUUAAUAUACAUGUUUUAUAAUACUGCUUAAGUGUUUUUUAUGUUUAUAACUAAUAGAAAAAUAUAAAUUUCAGAUGUCCAAUGACUGGAUGUUCUGAUUGUGUCUGCUGAUGCAAAGAAAUAAAAUAUUCGGUUUAAUUCUGAUGCAAAUAAACAUUAAUUCAGAUUUCAUCCUUCUGAGACAUAAGCCUUAAAAAAUGAAAGCUGUCAUUCAAGUUCCUCUUUUUAAGUUUUGUCUAUUUAUACAAGAUCUUUUUAGGGUGAAAUUGAAAGGUGCAAUUUUAGUUUGGUAUUUCCACUAUGCAAAAUAUUUUAGGAAUGGAUUGGCCGUUAGUGCUAUUAAUACUUACAUUUAUGGGCUCCAUUUAAAUUUUGUUUUUCAAAACUAAAAAAGAACCAUCAAAGUGUAGCAUUAGAUUUUCUAAUACAUAAAAUGUAAUUGUAUGGCUCACCUAAUUAAUUAUCUGCCAUAAUUUACCAUAAGUGACGUCUUGUUUUUAAACAGUAGACGGUUUCAAUAAAUUACAGACUUUGGUUAAAUUAAAUACUAAUUUACAAGAGAAGUUUUGUUCAACAGUCUUCUCCAUCUCAGUAUUUGGUGGAUUAAGUCUUGGUUUGUUUCAUUUCACCGGGGGAUAUGAUUGGGGGUGAAGUUCAAGAAAAUAGCAGCCUGUUAGAGGAGACACGUGACCAGGUCACCGAGCGUUUGAACAAGCCGGAAAUCAUGUUCUUGUCCUUCAAAAUAAAGUGUUACGCAUUCACUAUAUUAAAAAAAAGUAAACAAAAAA